CAUCAUUCACUACCUCUUGAGAAAGCAAAAAUGGUUCAACAUAAUCCAAUCAUCGAUUAUGAAAAUGAUGAAGAAGAGCCAAGUGAAAAGGGAUCCAAUGUGAUGCACGUGAGAAAUAUACCGGUAGCUUCGGUUCAAGCACAUCCUCCUCACCAUACGGAUCGAUACAACAUUCUAUUUGAUGGGGAUAAAGAUUUGAUAGCAAUCAGUCAUGACGAUUAUAUCAAUGUGGAAUAUGAGGGAGAUAUUGAUGAGGACGAUGAAUGGAAUGUUAAAGAUCCGAAUGAAAAACAUAGAGCGCUUGACAAAGCGAAGGAAAAUUCAGCGUCAAUAUCAUGCGCAUCAUUUGUGCUGUCUUCGGUUUUGAGCAUUCUUUUGACCAGUGUAAUUUUUACGUAA